AUGACACACCCCGCAGUACAUCCAGAAAACAUUACUAUUUUUGUUUUUCUUCAUACCCCAAGCAGAGAUUAUGAUGGAAGGUAUUCCCUUAGCUAUACCACCGAAAGCCUCGCGUCACACCCAGAAACAAGCUUAUAUGUUAUUGUCCAUUUCGACAGCAACACUACGGGAAUAAUUAAGGGCUAUCUCACUGUAAACUUGAUGAUAUACCACAUCGAAAAUAUCGCUGGAACGGGCCAUAGUCCAUCAAGUUCUGUCGAAAAUACGAGUAACCUUAACGGAAGCUUAAACUCCCCAAACCUGAUCGAAAACACAUAUUUCAACGCGGAAAGCUUAAAGUUGUAUAAAUGCUACAUGGUUUGCCGUAUCGAUGGUGAUAGAAGACUCACCUAUGUCCGUUUAAUUGAAGAUAAUGUCUUGAAUUUUCCAAAUAUUC